AUGGCGUCCAACACAAUCCUCGAAAACUCUAUUGGAGCAACCAUUUCAGGGAAUGCACAGGUCGUUAACGCCCGCGAUGUCACUAUUGUCCACGGCCCUUCUGCAGGUCUCUCGCAAUUGCUUAGGCCUGUCAGUAACGCGACACACAUCCGCUCAGGUCCAGUCGCGAAGUGUGAUCCUGGCACUCGCCUGAAAGUGAUUGAAACGAUCAAGAAAUGGCUCAACAGGCGUGAUAAGCAAUCAGUCUGCUGGCUUAACGGGCCAGCUGGUUAUGGCAAAUCUGCAUUAUCGCAAACCAUUGCGGAGUGCUAUGCCAACAAGGGCAGGCUUUUAGGAAGCUUUUUCUUUCUUCGGGGUGCUGGGGGUCGCAGUCACAUUGCCCGCCUAAUUCCCACCCUUGCGCACCAGAUCUCCAUCUCGGUGCCCGCCACAAAACCGCUGAUUGACCGGGCACUUGAAGAAGAUUACACUAUGCUUGACUCUUCGGUCUCUUUUGUCCAUCAGUUCCAAAGACUCAUCACAAACCCACUGUCUUCCCUGCCCACCCUGUUUUCUUUUUUCGCCAAGUCAAAGAUCCUUGUCAUUGACGGUCUUGAUGAGUGUGAUGACAAGGUUCAAAUGGCGGAAUUUAUUGAAAUGCUGCUUGACAUGUCUCAAAGGGACCAGCUUCCAUUUCGCAUCUUUCUUACUAGCAGAGUGGAAGAACAUAUCCGGAAGAAGUUUGGCGAUGCCAGGGCUCAGUCAGUCUUGUACUGCAUAAACUUGGAUGCUUUUGAUGCUCGCCAUGACAUCUGUCUGUAUUUUAAACAGGAAUUUGGUUGUAUUUAUGACCAGAACCUUCCAAUCAUGCGGAGGAUCCCACAGCCCUGGCCAUCUGAUCAAGCUCUCUCUGUACUUCUUGAUAAAGCUGGCAGUUCAUUCAUGUUUGCUGCCACACUGGUUCGAUUGGUUGGAGAAGAUCCCAUGCCAUACAAAGUCUUGCAAGAAGUUCUGGACUCUGGGUCCAAUGGUCUGGAUCCACUCUACAAACAAGUUCUUUCUUUUGCUUCUCAAACACCAGCCUUUCAUCAACUUAUUGGAACUAUCAUGAUUCUGCAGACCAGUCUGUCUAUCAAUUCUCUUAGCUUACUCCUUGACAUCCAAGCUGGGGAGAUUGUCCUUGAGCUUUUGAAAGUUCAAUCAAUUGUCAAAAUUCCUGGAGAUGAUAAUGAGCUAAUCAUGCUCUAUCACACUUCGCUUCGAGACUUUCUGUCCAUCAAAUCACGAUCAGGCCAUUACUUCAUUGAACCUUCUUUGCAACAUAUUCAUACGGCACUGGACUGUCUGAAAUGUUUGGCGAAAGAUUCCUCACAAUAUUUCUUUGAGAAUAGCCCAGGCUAUGCUAUAAUUGAAUGGCCACAUCAUAUUAUUUUGGGAUUACAAGAACAAGAAACAAUUUGGGAUGAAGCAAUCAUGAAUACUCUGGUAUACUCUAUUGAAAAUUUUCUUACUCUUCAGGGAGGGAAAUGGUAUAAUACCAUAUUGAGCAUCAUAUAUUCCAAUAAGAAAGAGAUACCAGUAUGGCUAUAUACUGGACUAAAGUUGUGUCAGGCAGGAAGAACAUCAACAAUUAAGAAGGCAUUAUUCAGAAUGUUACAAAAAAUUCUUGAUUUCUGUCUGGAAGUAAGUGAAAAGAACAUAAUGCAAUACUUUGAAUUAACUUGUAGAGCUGCUAGGAGGAAAAAGAUGUGGGUCCUAAAAGUUUACAAGGGUAUGUUAUAUUGCAUGUUCAACAUCUCUAGAGUUGCAUUUCAGGUCUUCAUCAGUGGUUUUCUCAACAUUCUUCACUGCCUUCUUUUACACCCUGCAUUUGGUUUUCUCAGGAUUCUUCUAGUGAUUAACUCCCCACAUUUGAUUUUCUCAUCUUCUGGCAACCCAUUGUCUGUGUUUGGUUUUAUUAGCUUUAAUUCACACUCUGUAUUUGGUUUUGUUAGCAUGCAAGUUGCCAUGCUUUUCACUUUUCACUCUUUCAAUAAUCCAUUCUCUGCAUUUGCUUUUUCCAGGCGGUGUGUUGCUCUGCUUUUAGGAUGA